AUGCCCAUCUCCAACGGCGACGCCAUGACCAACAAUGCAGUCGACGCCCUUGACUACACAAAGGCCCUCGAGGUGCUCCAGAACGAGUACCCCGAGCGCGACGGCAUCGACGUCAAGUCGCUCAUUGACUCGAAGAAGAACGGCGGCCUGACGUACAAUGACUUCCUCAUGCUGCCUGGCUACAUUGGCUUCCCUGCCGCCGAUGUUGCCCUCGACACCCCCAUUACGAAGCGCAUUUCGCUCAAGACGCCCUUUGUCUCGUCGCCCAUGGACACGGUCACCGAGCACAACAUGGCCAUUCACAUUGCUCUCCUCGGAGGUCUUGGUGUGAUCCACCACAACUGCUCUCAGGACGACCAGGCCGAGAUGGUGCGCAAGGUCAAGCGCUUUGAGAACGGCUUCAUCCUCGACCCAGUCGUCAUUUCGCCCACCACCACCGUCGGCCAGGCAAAGGCUCUGAAGGAGAAGUGGGGAUUCGGCGGUUUCCCUGUCACUGAGAACGGCACCCUGCGCUCCAAGCUCGUGGGUAUCAUCACUCCCCGCGAUAUUCAGUUCCACGACAAGCUCGACGACCCCGUCACUGCCGUCAUGUCGACCGACCUCGUCACGGCCCGCCACGGUGUCGAGCUCAAGGAGGCCAACGACAUCCUCAACAAGUCCAAGAAGGGCAAGCUCCCCAUUGUCGAUGAGAACUUCAACCUCAUCGCUCUCUUGUCGCGCUCCGACUUGAUGAAGAACCUCAACUUCCCUCUUGCCUCCAAGCUCCCACACUCCAAGCAGCUGAUCGCCGCGGCUGCCAUUGGCACUCGACCAGAGGACAAGAUCCGUCUGCAGAAGCUCGUUGAUGCUGGUCUUGACAUUGUCAUUCUCGACAGCAGCCAAGGUAACAGCUUGUACCAGAUUGAGAUGAUCAAGUACAUCAAGGAAAAGUACACGCAACUUGACGUCAUUGCCGGCAACGUCGUCACCCGUGAGCAGGCCGCUGCUCUCAUCGCCGCCGGUGCCGAUGGUCUGCGAAUUGGUAUGGGCAGCGGAAGUGCCUGCAUCACCCAGGAAGUCAUGGCUGUUGGGCGUCCUCAGGCCACUUCCGUCUACAACGUCACGUCGUUUGCUCGACGCUUUGGCGUGCCUUGCAUUGCCGAUGGCGGCAUCCAAAACGUCGGACACAUUGUCAAGGGUCUCGCCAUGGGCGCCUCAGCUGUCAUGAUGGGUGGUCUUCUGGCCGGUACCACCGAGUCUCCCGGAGAGUACUUUGUCAGCCGCGACGGCCAGCUUGUCAAGGCGUACCGCGGCAUGGGUAGUAUCGCCGCCAUGGAGGACAAGAAGGCCGGUAAUGGUGCCGAGGACUCCAAGGCCAGCAACGCUGGCACAGCGCGCUACUUCUCCGAGGGCGACCGCGUCCUGGUUGCUCAGGGUGUCUCUGGAUCUGUCCAGGACCGUGGCUCCAUCACCAAGUUUGUUCCCUACCUCAUGGCUGGUGUCCAGCACUCGCUGCAGGACAUUGGUGUCAAGAGCCUUAGCGAGCUCCACGAGGGUGUCAACAACGGCACCGUGAGGUUCGAGCUGCGCACUGCCAGCGCACAGGCCGAGGGUAACGUCCACGGACUGCACAGCUUCGACAAGAAGCUCUACUCUUAG